UGGAUAUCAAGCAGCUGCUGCUGUCCAUCCCCUUCAGUAAACCAUACAUGCAGAGCAGUGACAGACAGAGAGUGUGGUCGAGCCUCAUACACACUCAUACACACACUCACUGUGGAAAACUGUCCUUACCAAAGACAAACUGCAGAGAUUUGAACAACGGAGGAGUUUUUGAGCAGAUUUGCUUUAAAAAUGAAGCUUCUUGAGAACAUUCCAGAGCUGCUGAUAUUCCUGCUGUGGCAUCUCAGCCUGAUCAACAGCGUACAGAGAGCCCCAAAAAUCAUCACCUCAUUAGAGACAGUUGAUGCCUCACUGGAUCACAAUGCUACUUUUAUAUGCGAGGUCGACUCGUACCCUGUAGCAGAUAUAACAUGGAUGCGUAAUAAUUACCCCAUACGGCACUACGACUCCCGAUAUAUCAUUAAAGAAAAUGGCCAAAUGUUGAUCAUUCCCAAUGUGAAGGAAUCAGACAGUGGAGAAUAUUGUUGCACCUCCAAUAAUGGAAUUGGAGAACCAGCAAAAAGCUGUGGGGCUUUGCAGCUGAAGAUGGAGCCCCAGAUUAAGAGACAUCCAACAAAUGUGACGUUACUAUUGGAGUCCAAAGCCGUGUUGCCAUGCGUAACAUUAGGAUAUCCCAAGCCAGACAUCUCUUGGAUUAAAGGUGGUGAUUUGAUAAAGGUUGAUAACCGGAUAUCAGUUUUGGAUUUUGGUUCUUUAAAAAUUCACAACAUCAGGAAAGAGGAUGCAGGACAAUACCGCUGUGUGGCUCAGAACAGUUUCGGGAUUGCCUAUUCAAAACCGGCCACUAUUGAAGUACAAGCUCCUGCUAAAAUACUUAAAAUUCCCAAAGAGAGGAAAGUGCAGAUUGGAAGUGAAGUGGCCUUGGAGUGCAAUGCGACUGGAAAUCCUGUUCCUUCUAUCACUUGGCUGGAAAAUGGGAAUACAAUCACAGGGGCAUCGGUAGAGGAGACGCUGGUUGGGGAGGUGAUCGUCUCUACCCUGCGUGUGGUGGUGAAUAAACCGGCCCUUUACACAUGCCAGGCCACCAAUCAACACAGUGGAGGAGCCAAUACUGUCAAAGCCACAGCCAAAAUCACUGUCUCAGAAUGGAGGUUGUACAAAGGUAGUGCUGGUUACUGUAGUAUGUACCGGGGAGAAGUGUGUCGUGGGCUGCUAGGACGUUCAGCGCUUGUUUUUAAUUCGUCUCUGCCGGAGCCUGAGCAGGCGCAGGAGUUCCUGGUGCGUGGAGGCUUGGCUGAGCUGGAGGGAACAAGCCCACUGUGCCUGCCUGCUGCUCGCUCACUGCUCUGCCAUGCUGCCUUCCAGGACUGCAGCCCAUCAGGCCUCGGUCCUGCACCCAAACCUGUCUGCAGGGAGCACUGUCUGGCUGUGAGGGAGCUUUACUGCUAUAAGGAAUGGCACUCGAUGGAGGAGAGGAAUCAUCGAGCAUUCAUUUCUCCAAGCCUGAGUCUCACUUUGCCAGACUGUGAAACUCUGCCCAGCCAGCAGUCAGAUCCAGCGUCAUGCACCGCCGUCCCUUUUGUAGAGAUGAAGAAAGACCAAAUUACAACAACAUGCUACGAAGAUAGCGGAAGGUUUUAUCAAGGUUCUCACAGUGUCACAGCGUCUGGUAUUCCCUGCCAGCGAUGGGACCAGCAGGAUCCUCAUCCUCACAGGCUGUCUGUGGACGUGAUCCCUGAGCUAAAGAAUGCUGAGAACUUCUGCCGCAAUCCUGGAGGGGAGAGUGACCGGCCAUGGUGCUACUCUACCAACCCCAGUAUACGCUGGGAGUACUGCCUGGUGCCCAAAUGUGUCGAAGUUGUUACCAGCGUGAAAGUGCUGCCUGCUCCCAACCUAGCCUCUCCAAACCCCAUACCCGUAUCCACCGGCUACUACAUGAGUGUCAUCAUAUUCAUCAUGGCCGGAUUUGCAGGUGUAGCUUUCUUCACCAUCAUUCUGCUCAUGUGUCUCAAGAGAAGAAAAAGGUGGAAGCGUCGAAAAAGUAGGGCCAUGGAGGUGCCAACUCUCACCGCUCUUUCCUCUGAGCUGUUGUUGGACAGACUGCACCCAAACCCCAUGUAUCAGCGCCUUCCUCUGCUGCUCAACUCCAAACUCCUGACGCUCGAGUACCCACGGAACAACAUCGAAUACGUGCGCGACAUCGGAGAGGGAGCCUUCGGGCGAGUGUUUCAGGCAAGAGCUCCUGGGCUGUUACCCCAUGAACCUUUUACCAUGGUGGCUGUUAAGAUGCUAAAAGAGGAAGCCUCAGCUGACAUGCAGAACGACUUCCAGAGAGAGGCAGCUCUCAUGGCAGAAUUUGAUCAUCCCAACAUUGUCCGGCUACUGGGGGUCUGUGCUGUUGGGAAGCCUUUGUGUCUGAUGUUUGAAUACAUGGCACAUGGAGAUCUAAACGAGUACCUGCGGCGACGUUCUCCAGUCCAGCAGCGCCCUCUGAGCCAGGGAAGUCUGACGUGGCCUAGUUCCCAGUUGUCUGAGCCUGAUCCGUGUCCACUCAGCUGCCUGGAUCAGCUUUCAGUAUCCAAGCAGGUGACAGCAGGCAUGGCGUACCUGUCUGAGCUUAAAUUUGUUCAUCGGGACUUAGCUACGCGGAACUGCCUCGUAGGCGGGAACCUGGUGGUGAAAAUUGCAGACUUCGGCCUGUCGAGGAACAUCUACGCGGCCGAUUACUACAAGGCAAAUGAAAACGAUGCCAUUCCUAUUCGCUGGAUGCCGCCCGAGUCUAUCUUCUAUAAUCGCUACACCACCGAGUCAGAUGUCUGGGCGUAUGGAGUGGUGCUCUGGGAGAUCUUUUCACAUGGUAUGCAGCCUUACUACGGCAUGGCACACGAGGAGGUGAUAUACUAUGUCAGGGAUGGCCACGUGCUGCCGUGCCCAGAGCAGUGUCCGCUGGAGCUUUAUAACCUGAUGCGUUUAUGCUGGAGCACACACCCGAGCGACAGACCCAGCUUUGCUAGCAUCCACCGCAUUCUGGAGAGGAUGCAUAACCAGAUGCUUCACUCUGACAUGAACUGAAAGAUGAUCUGAGGAAUCGACAGCACAGAAAGCUCAAAAAAACAAUCGUAUUCAUUGAGGAACAAGGUAGUCUGUAACUAUUUCAGGCUGAAUCUUUUGUCCAUUGAACUCAAUAAGUGAAUUCAGCCAUAUGUGUAAACAGUCCAGAUAGUUCUGAAGUUGAAUCUAAUGGAGACAGUAGGGUCCAAAUUCCUGAGUCCACUAUCAAUAACUGGUAUGAACAACAAAUCCAAUUUGUUUCUCAGUGCAUUUUUUUAUUUUUUGUAAUUUUAAAUGGUGGCACAGUCAUCUGUAUUUUUAUCUCAUAGGUCCAGGAUCUUGAAGAUGGUCCUAAGAUGCAAAUCAUCUCUGCUUGUUCUCCAAUUUACUUCCCACAAAGAAAAUAAAUAAUAAAUGCACUGCCUAUGCUAAAUUGGCCCAAUGUAUAAAUGCUGUGCUGUAUACAUUUUUGUGUUUUCAAAAACUGAAAUUAUUUUUUUGCAUGCAAAACACAGA